CGCUGCCUGGAGAAUGGGCGGUGUCGGAGAAGCUGGAUCGGAAUUCUUCGGGCCUAAUUCAAACCAGCGUCGUGCGCAGACUUCAGAGCCUGCGAGCCGACCUGCAGCCUUUCGGGUGGCACAAGCUACACUCCAAGGCUGGGAAGAAGGAGAAGGAGCGUGGUGAGAUCCUGGUGAGCAUCCAGUUCACACGCAACAACCUCACAGCCAGCAUGUUCGACUUGUCCAUGAAUAACAAGCCACGAUCGCCCUUUGGCAAGCUGAAGGACAAGGUGAAGGGCAAGAAGAAAUAUGACUUGGAGUCGGCCUCUGCCAUCAUUCCCAGCAGCAUGGGCGCCCUCGACAUGGAGGAUGACUAUGACAUUGGGGGCAAGAAGUCCAAAGUCAAGGGCUUCUUCCUGAAGAACAAGCUGCGCAAGUCGUCCCUCACGCAAUCCAACACCUCCCUGGGAUCCGACAGCACCAUCUCUUCUGCCAGCCUGGGCUUGGCCACCAACGUUCCCGAGGUAACCAAAUCCCCGAGCAGACACAGCAGUCUGUCCACCGAACUGAAAGAUUACUUGCCGUCUCCAAAGCUGACCCACAAGAGAGCACUCAGCGACGAUGUCUCCAAAGUCAGCCCGGUCCUGGAGCCGAAACCAAUCCAAAGCCUGAAGCCAAAGAACGAUCCUGUGUCCCAGUCUUCCCUCUGCAUCAACGGGAGCCACGUUUACAGCGACGAGCCUGCACCAAAGAGCCCCGUGUCUGUCCCACAGAGCUCUGCGCCGCUGCCUGUGCCCAGUGUCCCCAGGCGGCAGGAGGAGACCUUCGGCUUCACCCCACUCCAUCCUGACUCCCAUGAGGUGCCUUGGGGGGUCAGCAACUUUGAGAAGACACAGCAGAGAGACGAGCCCAGGUUCAUCCCGUCUCCUCCCAGCUUAGCCUUGCAAGAAGAGCUCAAGGUCUCCACGAAAGCCGUCACUCUCAGUAACCAUCUGGGCAGAGCCAAGAUGGAAGAAAACAGUCGCUUAGAGAACAAGCCCACUCAAGCUGCGACACCCAUGGUCUUCUCCGCAGAGAUGAUGAAGGACAAACAACCUGAGGAAACAAAGAAGGAAGACAAGAAAGCGAAGGGUGGCCUCUUCCACCACGGGGGCAACAAGAGUGACGUGGGGAGCAAAGGCCAGGGGGAGAAAGUGGGACCCUCCCCCAGCUCGUCCGUCCAUGCGACAGCAGGGAGAGACGAGAGGAACAAGACCAGCGGCUGGUUCGGUUCAAAGGAGCCCAAAGAGUCCUCUCAGAAACCCAGUCCUCACCCAGUGAAACCCAUCAGCGCUGCGGUGCAAGAGGCAUCCAGUGAGAAGAAGCAGCAGCACAGGUCCAGCCUGACAACUGCUCUGAGCAAUGGCCUGGAGAAGCUGAAGACGGUCACCACGAGCAGCAUCCAGCCUGUGGCCCCAUCCUCUCACCUGGAGAGAACGGACUCAAGGAGUUUAAAGGAUCCCACCGUACUGGACCAGUCAGCCAGGUAUUAUCACUUGACCCAUGAUGAACUCAUCCAGCUCCUGCUGCAGAGAGAGAAGGAGCUGAGCAAGAAGGAGGAGCACAUCCAUGAACUGGAGAACUACAUUGACCAGCUGCUGGUGCGCAUCAUGGAACAGUCUCCCACGCUCCUCCAGAUCCCAGUCCAGUGUCGGAAGGAGCUGCGUGGCAUGGGAAGGAGGGCUGGGAGAAGGAGCAGCCCUGCUGAGGGGCAGGGACG